CAGCAAGAAGACCAGAAGCUGGCAAAACCUGAUCAGCGUUCCUUUCAAAUUUGAAAUCGGCAUCUCGCUUCUUCGGUUGUACCAGCAACACCACACCACACCACACCACACCAGGCCAUGGCUAUGGCUCUGGACCCCGAAACCGACCUGUCGUUUCCCUACUGGACCUCCGUUCGCCGACGUUUCGGUCCCGACUCUUCUUUCUUUGCCAGCGGAAACUUCGAGAGAGAACUUCUCGCCAAACAGGUUGCCUUAGAUUUAACAGAAGAUGAAAAGCAUCAGCUUCAGAAGAUGGUAGACCAGGAUACCAGGGAGGUAUUCUGUCCAAUUGCCGGUUGUGGUGCACGAUUGACUUCAUUGGAGGACUUUGAAAAUCAUUAUAAUGCACGGCAUACUGCAUCCUGUUCAGUGUGCUCCAGGGUUUAUCCAACAUCACGCCUGCUCAGCAUACAUGUGUCAGAGGUGCAUGAUUCCUUCUUUCAAGCAAAAGUUGCUCGUGGUUAUGCUGUGUAUGAGUGCCUUGUGGAAGGCUGUGGUUUGAAGUUCAAGAGCUACAAAAGUCGGCAGCAACAUCUGGUGGACAAGCACAAAUUCCCCACUUCGUUUGAGUUCUUCAAGAAGUCUCGGCCAUCCAGGAAACAGAGGCAGAAGCAACAUCGUAAACAAGCUCUUCACAGUAAGGAUGAACCUUCAAGUAUGAUGGAAGUUGAAGAUGAAACCAUCAAUGGCCUUGUUUCAGCAGUCUCUAAGCUAAGCACAUCUGACUCCUCCCCAUCAACUGUCAGCUUUGGUCGUCGCCAUAGCCGUGGCUUAACAUUUGUCCCACGAGCCAUACAGCGUGAGAAAAGGCCAGACUCCACAGCAGAAGAAACAGAGAGAUAGCCAGCAUCCACCUGGAACUAAAUCUGGGGAAGUUUCAUAUCAUUACAUCUGGAGGUGAUGUGAAUUAGAUGAAACAAGCUGACAGCUUAUUUUGGUUCAAAACCCACGCCUAUUUUAGGUAGUCAAGUUUGUUGAGAGCAAAGCUUCGAUGUCUCUUUGGUAUUGAUACCCGAAGAUCAAUUAUCUAUAUCAGUGUUACAUUCUGAAUGUCAUAAUGAAUUUGGAGUUUCAUU